AGAGAGAGAGGGAGGGAGGGAGAGGGAGAAAAACAGAGAGUAAAAGAAAGAGAGAAAGAGAUUCUCGCCGCGUCGUCAUCGACGUCAGUUUUGCCGCCGCGACGGUGGCCGUCGACGAGCGUCGUCGUGCCGCUGGCCGCGGCGUGUACGCCGCGAUCGUUAAUCAGGUGUUAUUCCGAAUCAGGUGUUCGUGAAGCAAGGAACGUGAAAAGCCGCGCUUUUCAAGUGCCGACGGCACGUUCUCUGCAAGCCAUUGUUGUUGGGAGGGAGGAAGGGGGGGGGGGAUUCGGUAGAGAAACGAACGAUAGUCGUAUUCGAGUAAUUGAUAAUUCUAUUCUUCAACCGCUGUCACUACAGACUGGACGUCGCAUCCUGUGAUUAUUCACGAUUCUAGAAAUUAAAAGACAGUAAGGGAUAUUAUUUACCCUGAUCACCCCUCACGGUCGUGGUAAUCGAAAGACUCGCAAAAGAUCCACAAUUAUUCCGCGAUCACGCGAUCCGAAGAACCUUUCUCGGAAACUACCCGCGAUCCUAAUAAUCACCUUCGAAGGAUCUCGGAGCCGGGUAUCGAUCCCGAGCCGUGAAACGCGUAGGGACGUACGGUAGACUUUCAUCGUCACGAAGAAACCGUAUUCACGUUACGCAGGGAUUACCUAGAUCCGUUUUAAUCCCGGAGCAAGCCGUCCUUGAUUUAAGCGACGGUGAAGAAGCGACGUAAAGGCACGGGGGUACAGAAGGAAUAACGCGUGCGACACCGCGACGCCGGCCGACGGCGGAUCACUUCCGGUGAAAGCAAGAACGCGAACGACAGAGCCAGGAUGCAGGUGGCAACGUUGUUCAGGGAGAGCGCUACCCUGCUGGGUGCAUCCAGCCUGGACCCCCCGCAGACUCACCAUCAUCAGGGUAUGCACCAGCCGCAGCAGCAACAACAGCAGCACCAGCAGAUGCAGCAACAGCAGCACGCCACCGACAUGCACCUAGUCGGUCACCACAUGCAGCACCACUACAAGAUGUAUCCAUCACCGGUGCAGAAUGGAGGACCAAACGGCACGACGACGAUGAGUUGCGCGAGUUCUCAAGGGGUGAUGGUGAAGCAGGAGGCGAGGGACGACGGUUACGAGACGAGUCCGGACCUCGAGAUGAGGAGCACCGGCGGUGACAGCAGUCAGCAGUAUCACACGCCGCUGACACCGCACACGCCGCACACACCGCACACGCCGCACACGCCCCUCACGCCGAUAUCGGCGACAGCGCAUCAACCCCAGCAGCCGGGCUCGACCGCCUCCGCCCUCGGACAGGUCGCGAUAAAAUGCGAGACGCCGGUGGACCCAUAUUCGUUUGUCGACGAAGAGAUGUCGAUGGGUGGCAUAAGGACAGCAAGCAGUCCAGGCAGCGGCGGCGGCGGCGGCGGCGGCGGCGGCGGCGGUGGCGGAGGCGGAGGCAAUCCUGAGAGCAUGACGUGUCCGGGCGGCGUCCAACCUGGGCUAGGUACACCCACGACGCCGCCCGGGGCGCUGUCCGGGCCACAACAUCAUCAGAUGAAUCUCGUGAUGAACGGCGCCGCCAACGUCAAUCCGCAGCUGGCGCAUCAGCCGAAGAAGCGAGGCCGCAAAAAAAAGUCAGAGAUGAUACUCACCCCCGAAGAAGCGGAACUCGCAGAGGCCAAGAAACGUGCAAAGACGUACAAAGAGAGGAAGAAGCACGACAGGUUCGACGGCAUGCCGGAAGAGGAAGUGAGCAAACGCGUUCUACCGGACCAUCUCACCAACAACCUUGACAUUAUUAUAAUUGGUAUCAAUCCCGGACUGUUCGCAGCUUAUAAGGGACAUCACUAUGCUGGACCUGGAAAUCACUUCUGGAAAUGCCUACAUCUAAGUGGUCUCACGCCCGAACCAUUGACUGCGGACGACGAUUACAAGCUUUUGCGACUCGGUAUUGGCUUUACAAAUAUGGUAGCACGUGCGACGAAAGGCAGCGCAGAUCUUACAAGAAAGGAAAUUAAAGAAGGUAGUCACAUUCUGCUCGAGAAAUUACGAAAGUAUAAGCCAAAAAUUGCAGUAUUCAACGGCAAACUCAUAUACGAAGUAUUCUCGGGAAAGAAGGAAUUUGGGUUUGGCAGACAACCGAAUCUCGUCGACGGUACCAAUACGUAUAUGUGGGUUAUGCCCUCAAGCAGCGCGAGGUGUGCUCAACUACCACGUGCUGCUGACAAGGUGCCAUAUUACGCUGCUCUGAAGAAAUUCCGCGACUACCUAAACGGUACGAUCACGCAUUUGGACGAAUCAGACAUCGUAUUCGCCGAUUCAAAGCUCAAGAAGAAAGACCACGAAGCGAUCGAGGAUAAGAAGUCAGUGUUUACCGACGAUUUGCCCGACAGUGAGAGCCGAAUCACGGAGAUCAACGGCAUGGGAAUUAAACAGGAGUCGGGCGUGAUACCUGGCAAGAAGAAACGCGGAAGACCGAAAAAGAUAAAAAAUCCAGAGGAUCAGCCACCGCCGGAUCCUGAGAAGCUGGACGCGAACGGCGAGGUCAUUAAAAAACGUCGCGGUCGUCCGAAAAAGAUCCAUCAACAGCAAAAGCAAAUGGAGCGGGAGAAUCGUGAGAGAGAGCAGCAACAGCAACAGCAUCAGGUGAUGGGCCACUUGAACGACGGAUACAGUAACGUGUCGAACUGCUUUUCGCCACCACUGAUGUCACCUCCAAAGUUCCAGCAUAUGGCGCCGUACGCGCCGACGAUGAAUGACGGCUUCUUCGGCCAGGGAAUGAACGACAAUAGCCCGUACAAUAUGAGCGCGAAGCAAAGCCCUGUGCACCUGCAGCAGCAUUACAGCCAGAGCCCCAAGUCCAUGUCGCUGUCGUUCACGCACUCGGACUUAUCGUCGGAAAUCAAUACUGCAAUCUCGUCGGAGAACAAUCUCGAGCCGUCGCCUUUGACGUCGCCUAGCGUCGAGCAUCCGGACUUUGAACCGCCCACCAGCAUGUCGCAGCAAAACAUGGGCAACGAUCAUCGUCAAUAUAAUCCGGCUGGAGGGCCCGAUCCAACAGGUCACCAUGGCAGUCCUGGCACGCCGUCCCAUAACAGCUAUGCCAACUACAUGGGUUACCACGAGCAGCCACCAGACGCUCAUAAUCCGCAUCCGCAUCAGACGACAUCGACGCCUCUCAGCCAGACCGCCGAGGAUCACUCCCAUCAUUCGCAUCCAACGCCACCGCAUCCACACACGCCCACCCAUACGUCCAUGUCGCCGCACCAUCCGCACGAGCAAUACGGCAUCAAGAGGACGUCCGGUCAGGACGUGGCGUCUAAGAGUCUGAGCGACCUAGAAUCCCUCGUGGACCAGAUCCCGAGCAUAGCCGAUGGCGGUAGUCAACGCCUGCAACACGCGCAUCCGGGUAUGCCGGGCGACGAUAGCUUGGCGGAGAAGAUGGACGCCCACCAUCAGUCCUACAUGUCCGGUUUCGGCGGCAUGCCGGCUGGACCAGCUGGAAUGGCCAAUUACAGUCCACCGUUGCCGCCGGGUAGCGGAAUCUAUCCCUCCUCGCUACACCACUCUCCCACCGACGCUGGCUACGGAGCUUUAUACGGUAUGAACAGUCGUCAUCAUCAAGACUCUCAGCAACAGCAGCAGCAGCAGCAGCAGCAGCCACAACAUCAACAGCAGCAGCAGCAGCAGCAACAACAACAACAGCACAGCAAGUCCUCUUACACGGUGGAAAAUCUCGCGUCCAGUAACUACACUCCUAGCAUGAAUCACGGACACCCCAGCGUCCCCAGCAACAAUUACCACCCCAACAUCAUAACCGGGCACUAUCCGGUGUCGAUGAGCUCGACCAAUGGGUAUCUGUUCGGAGGCCUCGAGACAAGCUUGAUGCAGCGUACGUACGGAAUUGGUGGGAUGAGCGGCAUGAGUAGCAUGCAUCCAUCCGCCACCCUCGGUCAUCCGAUGGCGGGUAACCCGUACCCGUACAACGGCUCGUACUCAAGCUCGUUCGAUGCUUACCCAGCGCCACCGACGGGCAUACACGCGCCCAGCGCCAAUUACCCCAGUUACGUCGGCACGGCUGGCGCGGCGUCCAGCAGCACCACCACGCCGCCGUCCUACCUCGCACCGUCGCACCACAGACCGCCGGUCGACCUCUCCUAUGACGGUGUAUGAUAAUCGAUGUGAGAUACCGUUCGCCGACCCACCAUUAGCCCCUAAUGAUCCUAUCUCUUUCUCUCUCCAUCUCCAUCUCCAUCUCCAACUCCAACUCCAUCUCCAUCCCGUCCUCCCAUCCUCACCGACCUCACUUCCGCCUGCCGAUCGCCUCCUGUGCGCGCGCGCGAGCGACGCACGUAUCCGCCGCGUUUAUCUUUUCUACGUAUUUUUACACACGUCUUUUAAGACACGGCUCUCAACGUGUCGGGGUCGCACCGUCGCGCGUCGUCCCCCCCGAAUCGCCGUUCCUUCAUCUCCUCGUCAUUUUCUCUCUUUAAAUCGCUCUCUCCGCGAAAUCACCCUCCGCGAGAUGCUAUCUCCAAUCUGCGCGCAAUCUUUCGCUCUUUGUCGAUCCGUUUGCCGCACGAUACUCUAUUUCCUCUUUUUCACUCACCUUUGCUCAAGCCAGUUCUAUGUACAAAGCACCCCAGAAUUGGCGAAAAAUGGAUAUACACAUUUUUCCUCUCACCGAGAUAACAUCGAGACUCUGAUAGCAAUAAUGAACUAUUAUCCGAAUUAUUAUUAGAUAGUACAUCUAAUGCAUUUUGUUUCAGAUGGAUACUACUUUAAGAAUCUGAAGCUUAGUUCCUAAGAUAUUGAAACUGAGAUUUGAAACAUUGUGCGAAAAUGAAGAUGCCCUGCCUAGCAAAAAUAAAGCGUGAGACAGAAAUGAAUGCAAGUCGAAGAGUAAAGGGAGAGUGAUAGAAGCGUAAGCAAACGUACUCUAAGGUGCUUGGGACAAUGUAAUGUAAAAGAAGCAUUAAUAUGCUUUGCGCUUCUUUUACAUUCUAUUAUUUCAAUUUACGUUCCUUAAACCGUUCGCUCACGUUUCUGUCACUAUCUUUACGUUCGACUUACUUCCGUUCCUUUUUGUCUUGUGCUUUAUUUUCGCCAGGAAUUCGAGGCAUGCAUAUUGUAUUGUGUCUAUAUUGCGUCAAUUUUGGGGCAGCCUAUGCAACUGUCGGUCUUUCAUUUCAACAUCUCUCCACUCUUUCUUCCUGCAUCCCGCUCCUACGUACUUCGUCGCCAAUCAUCUCUCUCGUGCUCUAUUUCUUUUUUUUUUUAUCACGCUCUCAAUAUGUGAUUACGCCGUGAGUAAUUACGGGCGCGCGGCUCGGGAACGGGAAAACCACUCGUGAAACGCGACUAGCGCACGCAACGAACGAGAAUUGUAAGGGUAGAUCAGGUUCGCCGAUCGCGUUCUGUACCGAUCCGAUCGCUAAAAUACACUUACACGGGCACGCAUUCUGAUAACCAUAACGAUAAAUGACCUUAAUACCGAACAGAUCACGGAUUAUGAAUUCGGCCGACGUAGCCAAGGUCGGGCAAACAUGUAAUUACGCUAUUCUUCUUUCCUACGUCGAUCAAGAAAUAUCGAUCAUACCGAUUGCUACGAGCAUAUCUACGAGCUUUAACCGAAACCAUGUUUCCGUAAACUCUUUCGUAUUUCGAAGAGCAUUCAAUAUUGCAAAUGGGGUAUAUAUCCUAGUUUGUAAUUGCAAAUUGUUAUCUUCGAAAGUCAAUAAGAAACGACGCGUUAUAAAGUAAAGCACGAAGUCCGAAAUAUUACCGAUUAUAUCGAGAAACAAGUAUAAUUUCGACGAAUUCAAAUUCUCGGUGC